AGGAGGUCACGUGUAGGUAAACACGGAUGAGGACAAGUAAAAUGCACCUUGGUGGCGAGGGAGUGUGUGAGAGAGUGUGUGUAUGUGAGAGAGAAAGCCACGCCCACUCCUCUUUAUUUUAAGCGCGCGUUUCUCUCCCCUCCAGUCAUUGAUGAAGAGUCCGGCUGACGCGCGGCAGAGCAGAAGAAGAAAACACUCAUAAAAUGUUCUCAUGUACGCGACAGAAAGAUGACAGAUAAUCCGCCUUUGGGAAGAAGAUGCUGAAAAGCCGCGAAGGGAUUUGAAAGCCUUUUACUUGAGAGGAACCAUUCACGGACUGCUGGUGACAUCAUCGUGGUGUGCGUCGGGGGGCUAUGGUGAGGCCAUGUGCCCGGGCCCGUGUGAGGACAGAUGGACCAGCAUCACCACGAGACGACGAGCUAAAGGCGGCGCCCUUCUGCCAUGGCUGUGCAUCCUGCUGUUUUCCACCUCUCUGUGGGGCCAAGCCUCCCCGCAGUGUCCAGCCAGCUGCCACUGUGCCUGGGACACGUCUACCGUGCUCUGCUCGGACGCCGGCCUGCAGGAGAUCCCGCAGGGGAUCCCGCCAGAUACCGUCUCUCUCCACCUGGAGCGCAACAACAUCCGCAGCAUUCCCGAGAGUGCCUUCAGCGAGCUGGUCCACCUGCGGGACCUCUACUUGUCCCACAAUCACAUUGACACGCUGUCCUCGGGCGCCCUGCGGCAUCUGGGGCCGGAGCUCCGCCUCCUGGACCUGUCGCACAACCAGCUGAGACAAGCCAGCAGGGACGAGUUCGGGUCAACGCAAGCAAAGACCCGCCUCUAUCACAACCCGUGGCACUGCGACUGCACCCUGCAGGAGCUGAUGGAGACUCUCAACCUGGAGCCAGAGACGGUGAACGGCAUCGUUUGCGAGAGUUCCGUACGGGGGCUCGGCGAGUCCAGUAGGUGGGAGGAGCCCGGGGGGCUUGGAGAGCACGCCGGACAGCCUCUGGUCAGACUGUUGGACUCCGGGGUGAAUUUCUGCAGCCUGCACAGGAAAACCACAGACGUGGCCAUGCUGGUCACCAUGUUUGUGUGGUUCUUCAUGGUGAUUGUCUAUGUGGUCUACUAUGUCAGGCAGAACCAAGCCGAGGCCCGCAGGCAUUUGGAGUAUCUGAAGAGCUUACCUAGCCCACGCAAGACCCCCACGGAGACAGACACCCUCAGCACUGGCUUCUGAACUCCUCAUGUCCAAUUUUCCUUCAGAGUUAUUGUUCAUCUGUCUCAUGAAAGACAACUAGUUUACCCCCUGGUGCUCCUCCACUGGAAAGCAAAAGCAGAAGACAACCAAAUAGGAACUUUAUCACUCUUUUCACACCCUUUGCAGACCCUCAUGAAGCUCUCCUUACAGGACUCUUUGACCACGUGACCCUUGAGAAAGGAGCUACACAGCUGGAGGGUAUUUAUCAGGUCCAAAAGGACAGGACACACAAUUGUUUUCUUUCAAUUAGAGGACAGAGGUUCACUAGGUAAGUGGUCAAGUCAAGGACAUUUGUACCCAAAUAACAUUUUUAUAUUUAUUCGCUGAGCGUGUGAUUUAUUAUUUGAUUUAAAUGUUUAUUUUACGAUUGAGUAUAUGUGUUUAAAACAGUGUUUUCAUGUUUUAUAUAUGAUUGAGCAAGAUUUGAAUUCAAAAUUUUAUGUAUUUGUAUUUUUAUUGGUCGAACAGGGGAUUUUUUUAUUCAUUAUUUUAUUUACUGAUUCAGUUAUUUUUGCUUUUAGAUUUUUAUUAUUAGUAUGUUUUCAUUUUAUUUAUAUUUUAUUUAUAUUUGUUUUAAUUGACUGAAUUUAAUCUCAAUUUUUUACCUGUUUUAUUUGCAUUUGAAUGAUUUUUUCUUAGAUGAUUAUUUUUUAUUAUUUCUAUUUUAAUAUUAGUAUUUUUAUUGAUUGAACAAGUAAUUUAUUGUUUUGUUUUUUUAUUAUUUUAAUUAAUUUUUUGUAUGUUUAUUGAUUAAACAGAUUAUUUCUUUUAAUUUAAUAUUGUAUUUUAAUGGUUAGCAUUUUAAUAAUCAUUUUGCUUUUCUAUUUAUUUGUUUGGAUAUUUUCAUUUUAGUCAUAUUAUUUCUUUAUAUUUUAGUUGAUUGAAUGCAAUUUAUAUGAGUUUUACUCAAUUUUUUAUUUCUCUUUUUUAUUAUUUUUAAUGUUCAUUUUAUUAUUGCUGUUACUGAUUAUUAUUAUAUUUAAUUUAUGUUUAUUUUUGUAUUUAUUAAGUUACACCAAUUUGCAAUGUAGCAGUUCAACAGUUUUAUCAGAACGAGAAAGCGUUUCUUGGUGGGCGGACGCACACAUGACAUUCAGCCAAUCACCUUCUACAUUUUUCUUAAGUGCCUGUCUUUUUUCCAGUUUUCCAGUAUCGACGGUCUUCAAGAUGGUUCUGUAAAACAAUCAGGCUUUCUCAUAUUUUAUUUUUUAAUGGAUUUUCACGCCGAUGUGAAAAGAACAAGCAGUUAUGAUGAAAAAAGAUACAUUUUCAAAUAUAAAGUAUGUGACGUAAGAAAAGCAUCAAACUACAACAGAUGAAAUGGUUUUCGCAUCAUCAUGUUAUUGUAGCGGUCAUUCUCAGGCUUCAAUGUGAUGUUUCACAUUUGAAUCUCCCAAAAACAUUUCUUCAUGUUCUCAUGCGUCUUUUCUGUGUCAACUUCAACUGUGGGGUGUUUUUUAUGUCUGACAAAAGUGUAGUUGAACUGUUUUUUUUUUUUUUCCAGUAAUCAGAUGUCCGUGUCGUGUAAUGUGUCUUCUGUGCUGUCCUGCCAUGCCCUCCACCGGGGAAGAAGACAUGCUGUGAUAGUUAGACUACUAUGACACACGUUUUGGUCUUUGUGUGGGUUUUAAUGUUCUUGUUUUUUACAGCUGGUUUACAGUAUGAAGUCAAAGCUGGAACUUAUUAUCACAUGACCUUCACAAUAAACCUGAGU